GUGGGGGGCUUUCACACACACGCAAGUCGUGUGCCUUUCUUUCUUCCUAUUUUUCUUCUUCUUCUUCUUCGUCGUGUACCUGUUUUGUGGCGUUGCAAGUGGCAGGUUGGGCCUCACUCAGCAACCGUCCAUCCGAUCGUGCGCACACGCCGGCCCAGCGACCCUCCUACACACAACACUCUGUCCUCUUCCUUUUAUUUAUUAUUACUAUUUAAUUUUUUUUUUCGUUUUGCCCACCUGGGGUCCCGUUCUUUUUCCGCGUUUUCUGUUAACACUUGCCAUCGAGUGUUUUGUAACGUCUGCGCAUGUGCAGAAGACGACGGGGAAAAAAGCAAAAAAAAAAAAAGGAAGACGACAUUCGAAGUGAAUUUUUGUUCUGAAUGUUUGACCAACACUACCAGCGUCCAAUACUUUGAAGUGUUGGGGUCUGUGUGUUUUUUUUGUGAGAAGAAAAACAACAAAGUGUUUUUUGGUCGAUGUGUCUCGUGUUUUGGGACGAUUUUUAGGAGUGGCUUUUUUGCGACGACCUUCCAGCAAACGGAACGGAAGGAAAUCAUUAAGAGGCGACUGAACCGAACCAUUUCCCACGUGUGUGCUAUGAAUGUGUAUUCAGCUGGCUGAUUGUUUUGCUUUCGUCGCCUCCGUUGAAAAGAAACCGCGUACUACAAUCCGAAGUGAUUUUUCUGCUCGUUUCCCGCUGGCGCAACUGGUUCCCCUCUUCAUUUUCAAAUAACGACCAACCUUGAACGGAUAUUGAAAAUGCAAGUCCACUUGAUUGGAGGGCGAGCCUGCGAUGUGGAAGACAUGGACAUGGACGCGCAUCUGCAUAAUCACGUUGGAUUCAGUCAAAGACGCAAUGCGUCUUUGCAACGGAGCCAAGAUUCCGGUGCGCUGACUGAUUGGUCGGCCGGAAGCCGUGCCAGCCCCACCAGGCAAUCGUGCCACAGUCUCGAACAAGAUGACUCGCACAAAUACGUCACUGUAUUGUCCGUCAAUGGCGGACUCAAUUUCCAACGCCGUCAAGUGCAGCCGCAAAACGACAGCCUCAUCCAAUCGGAUCCGGAUGAUUUUGUCACCGUUCUAUCGAUCGGAUCGCGUCAAACGAAAAACGACAAAGAAGAAGAAGUAGAAGAAGAAGAAUGCGAACCCGUUUCAAUGGCUGUCGGCAGCGUUUGCCUGAGUUUGUCCGGCUUCGUCGAAGAAGUGGCUUGCGUAACGAGACGCCCCGGACAGAAAUUGGGCUUCGGUUUGAAGUUCGACGGCGGUAACGAAUGCGACGUGCCCAUUCAACGUCUCUUUGUCCAAUGCUGCGCCGAAGGCAGUCCAGCUUCCAAGGUCCGAUGCUCAUGGGGCCGGCUCGUCGAAGCGGACGAGAUCAUUGAGAUUGACGGAGUUGACAUUCGUAACGCGCUCAAUCGACUCGAGGUCGUCAGCAAGUUGAAAGACGGCCAGGACGUGCUGUCACUGAAAAUCCGUCACUACUGGGACGAGAGCAAGCGGAUCGGCAUUAUGGAACAGUUAAACAGGCUAAACAGCGUCUUUUCGACGCCCAGUCCGGCCGUCUGCCAUCCUGUCGUCGACUCGAAACCGCCUGUCACUCGAAAGAUGUCCACCCGUCAACAGCAAGAGCGAGCCGUCGACGUUCCAGAAGAGCUGCUCACUCAGUCGGUGGUGCGAACCGGUCAGCGUCCCACCGCAUGGAAAGGUCAUCCGCUAAUCGAUGAACCACCUCCUCCGGUACCCCCGAGGCGUAAGAGACGCAGCAAAUUGGCCCACAGCAAAUCGGGGGCCACGAGCAAGACGAUCAUCUGUCGCUCGUUGUCUUCCGAUGAAGUCCUCGUCAACGGUAACCGCGUUACAGCCACGGGCGCUGUGACCGCCACGACGCCCAGCAAACCGCCGCGCAAUCACCGGCCGCAUUCGCGCAGCUUCAACGCCACGCACAGCAAUAAUAACAAGGACGAUCGUGAAACGCAAGAGCUUCAAGCGCCCGCCACGCUGCCCAGGACGAAAGAAUUUAUUGGUCAGCAACUAGCGCCGCCCGAGCCGAAAGAGCGGACGCGUCGCAAUACGUUGUUGACGAUCAACGCUGAUUGGUGCGCACCGCAGCCGGCUGAGGUCUACACCAAUUUGAUUGCCGAAGAAGACAAACGACUCAUGUCGAUCGACACUUGCUCAGCCACCGAAUCGGAGAGCGAAUCCAGUUCGAGCGUGUCCACCGUGGUGGACAAUUGGUCCGUUGUCAGUUCCACGUCCGGAGGCGAUCCGUUUGGCGAUUUCAGCGAACAGGAAGAGUAUCGCGAAUUUUCUCAUCAACCGGCUGAUGAGAAACGGGCGAAUCAAAUGAUAAUUGAACAGCAGCAGCAGCAGCAGCAGCUGGUGCCGGAUGUCGUGGCCGGCGAGUCGACGCUGUCCGUGCUCAUUGAACCUCCCGAAACGUUUUUGGAUGAAGGGCCGACGAGCAUUUCGCCGACGUUGUCUAGCGAAGACAAUCUUCAUCAUCAAGACGCUUCUUCCGAUUCAGGCGCAUCUUCCGGCGGCAGUGAACUUCACCUGGGCGAGUCGGAUGAAGAGUUGCGCGCUUUCCAGCAGAUGGAGAACGCCUUGGAAACGGAGAAAUUGGAGCAGACACGUAACGCCAUCUCUGAUGCAACGAUGGAAGUUGAAACCAGCUCGACCAGUGGCGCCAUCGAACGUCCAGAAGCGCCUAUUCAGCAAAGUGCCAUCUGUGUUCCAGAUGUUCAAGUCGAGGAAAAUAAUGGACCAGCGAUGGAAUGUCAAGCGGAGAAGCCAGUCAAGAGGAGUUCCAGUAGCAGCCGGAAAGAGGGCGUUCAUUCCAUGAACAAGAAAUCCGAUUUGGCCAACGGCAAUUCGUCCAAUUCCAACAAUAAAAAUAGAGCUGGAUCUAAAUUGAAUUUAAAUCGAACUCCGCUUCGAUCGAAAAUUCCACAGGCUGUGUCAACGCCCCCGCCGGCGACACGUCCAGCAUCCGCCAUUCCGUCUACGCGCAACGGCCGUCCGUUGGCAAACAAUAGAGCGUCGAAUAUUGUAGGUCCCAAAGUGGUCAACAAAACCAGUACGGUCAGCAACAGCAUUGCGGUCCGGCAACAGAAUCAUUACAAUAGCAGCAUCCAGUCCAGCCGGAUGUUAUCGACCAAAACCACGCCCACUAUUAGCCAGCAGAGAAUAGGAUCGAACGAGACCAAGUCGACUGUCGCCGCGUCCAGUUCGACGAAUCUGCUCAAGAGCGUGAAACCGGGAUUACCUCAAGCGACAACGGCCAUUCAUGGCAGCCGAAUCCCACGGCCCAGUAGCUCUUCCGGUGGCCAGCCGGCUAAAAGCAGCCCGUCAGCUGCAACGGCACGACUUGCGAGCCACGCUAGUAGCUCAUCGUCGGCCAUGUUGGCUGCUGCUCACCGUCAUCCCUCGUCUCCUUCGUUAUUAUUACAAGCCAACAACAGGACGACGACAACAACAAGCGGGGUCAAAUCUUGCAUUCCUUCGCAUCUGCACAAGUCGACGAGUCGUCUCCAGCUCACGCACAACAAAGGUGAGUCCUCUCUCAGGUCUGACCUGGUUUCAGCCCACUGAAAGGAGAAGAAUAGAGCAAAGAAGGAAAAACGCUUUUCUUUUUCCCAUAUCUUUUAUUACAGUCUCUUCGCUCUCUUCAUCAAACCAACACACACACACAAUCUAUUUUGUGUUCCAGUUUUUUUUGCGCGUUGUGUUCUUGUGUAUUUUUUUACUUUGACGACUGUACGCCACAAUGGAAACCCCCUCCUCAUUCUUUUAUUUGAAUAUCCCCAUUACCUACAUCCCAUUUCUUUUUUGUUUUGUUUACCUGUUCGAAUGUAGUUGAUUGUCAGUACCGCGCUCGUGUAAUAACUAUAUGGCUUUUUAUACACCUACUUACCCCGCCUUUAUA